GUACUUCCUAUUUAGCUUUUCAAAUCAAAAUGAAAUAACUAAAUUCUUUAAAGAAGAAAUUUGUUUCCCUAAUAUUCAUUUUCAACGUAGCGAAAUUCUUUUAAGUUUUCAUUCCGAAGUAAACCAAAAUCCAGCUUAUUUUAUUCAUUUAUGCAUAUGUUACUGCAAAUGACCAAAAUUGGUAGUUGUUGACUUCCACAAUUGAAUGUUGGCAAUCACAUAGUCGCUUUGAUAGAUGUCCGAAAUACAUACUAGGUCAAGUUAAGUGCCACUGCCCGGCAUGCCCUACAUCAGUAUUAUUUUAAGGUUCAGAGCCGCUGCCCAGCGUACAUUUAAUCGGUACUCCGAACACUGAUGUUUCUCCCGAUCUAUUCUCAGCAGAUAUUAGAUAUCGAAUAAAUAUAAUAAUAUCAACAAAUAAAUUAAUAUCAAAUCGGAUAUAACAAAUAUUUCAGACAUUCACCAAAGCGACUAUGUGAUUGUAGACAUUCAGCGGUGAAAAUCGACAUUUUCUUGAUUUCGGUCAUUAACGGUAACACGUAUACAUAAAAAAAAAUAAAAAAAAUCAUAUCUAGACUAGAUAUAGCAAAAGGACGGCAAAUUUGACGGCAUGAAUGAAUAGAUGUAUGAAUGGGUCCGCCCUAUAAACGGGAGUGGCAGAAAUCGAAUUCUUGGCCAUAGAUGGCGCCACUGGAAAACAAGAACAAUUGGACCCCCUCUGCCUAAACAGGAAUACGUCAACAACACGGGAAAUUUAAUUGCCGGACAUAAACUUCAUUUAAGGGUUUUAAUGAUGAAAAAUAUUGAUUCCUCUAAUUAAAUAUUUCGAAAUUAGUCUUCUAUAACAUUUACAAUUACAGUUAUUUGCUCAACUUAUAAAGUCGGGGUUCCGACGCAAGAAUGUUUAUUAUUUAGGGUUCCGUUGUCGAAAAAAAGGGGGAACCACUGCUAUAAACUAAUAGAUGGUUGACUGAUUGUAACCAACUAAAAGUUUCCUAAAACCGGAAGAAAUUCAUAAAACUUCCGCUGCUUCCCUCCUUUUACACUUACGAGGCGAUGCGUGAACAUGUCUAAUAUUCUGGGAUGCUUCAUGAUUACGAUUUGUGUUUAAAUUUACGCGUAAAAUUUUACCAUUCAUAAGGAGUUUUCUGUAAUUUAUAAAUUCUAACAGCGCUCGAACUUAAAACAAAUUUAGCAAAAUUUAUAUCUCACUACUCAAACAAUAUGAUAUGCAUGAUGUUGCACGGCUUGCAUCAAGAACAAGUCUUAACAAACAAGUAAAAAGUGGCCAAAAUCAGAACUGCCAAAAAAGCGAAUUCUUUCUAAAUCUAGCAACCAUGUCACCUUUUUUAACAAUACAUCUGUAAAUAACUAAAGCAAAUUUUCACUUCAAACUCACCAGAAUUAUUUGAUAUCAUUAAUAUCUUACGAAGUACAGCAGAUUUGAGCUCAGAAAUUGUAUAAUUUAUUUUUUAUUCAAAACAAUCUCUUUGAAAAUAUCACCGAGCAGAAUAAGCUGUAGUAAGCAGCUGUAUACAAUCUAACCGGAAGUAGAGCUGGUCAAGAGCUCGAGAUUGUUGUUUUGUUUACAUUUGUAUUGAAAACACCAUCCAUUGGUUCUAAGCGGACAUUUCAAGUGUUUUUAAAAGAGCUGAAUGUAGCGUUAGCAAGGUUAACUUAGCCUUAAGAUUACUGAAGGACAGAAAUUAUGUCCCUUUCUGCUGCAACUAGUCUAGAAAAUAUAUUUAUUUCUGAUUUUACGUUAUACGUUGCAUUUGUUUUGCGAAAUUUCUUGAUAGCAUAAAUAAGAAACGUGUGAUGAAGUGAGUGUUUGAUAUUUAAAUACCACGUCUGAAUCACUUCAUAGAAAAAUAAAAUACUAUUGCAUUUACUCAUUUAUUGAAAGCAAACUUAGAAUUAAAGUAAUACAAAAAAAAUUUUGAUCGCUGAAAGGCGAUUGCGGGUUACUCAUUGGCAAAAUGGUUGUCUAAUUUUUCAAAUAUAUCGUUCAAAUGAUGAAAUUCUCUUUUUUUUUCACAGCUCAAGAAGUAUUUAUCGGAUCUCUCUGAACUCAUCAGCAUAACGCAUAACAAAAUUAAAAGUGAAAAAGAGAAUUCUGAAAAAAUUAUCAAAUAGCACCGGUCGCCAUAGCAACGCAUGCAAUGCGCACUGUUUACUAAUACUCUUGAAUACAGUUGAGAAGUGUGAUGACGUCCAAACAUGGAUAUAAUCCUGAGGAAUUAAGAGGAAAGAAAAUUGGAGUGUUUAUUGCUAAUACCAACAAAGAAAAUGACGAAUACUUUAAGCAACAUAUUAAAAAGACAACUGGUUACACUGUUACGGGUUGCUAUGGGACAAUGCUUCCCAAUCGGAUAUCUUAUGCGUUUGAUUUUAAAGGUCCGAGCAUUUUAAUGGACACAGCAUGUUCGUCCGGUGCUGUUGCCUUGUGUGAAGCUGUUCGAUCCAUUCAAAGUAAUGAUUGUGAAGCUGCCGUUGUUGGAGCAUCUCACUUAUGUUUAAAUCCAGCCAUGUCCAUGCAGUUCUAUAAAUUAAGCAUGAUUUCUGAUGACGGAAAGUGCAAAUCCUUCGAUGCUGCAGCCAAUGGGUACGGAAGAAGUGAAGCUAUUGUUACUUUUCUCCUACAAAAAUCAUCGAUGGCAAGGCGAAAGUACGCAUCCAUUGUUCACAUCAAAACAAACACCGAUGGAUUCAAAAAAGAGGGCAUUACCCAUCCGUCAACUGAAAUGCAGAAGCGUUUGAUUGAAGAAGUUUAUGAAGAGUGCAAACUGAAUCCUCUGGAGGUUUCUUAUGUGGAAGCGCAUGGAACGGGCACAGCGGUUGGAGAUCCCAUCGAAAUGAACACAAUAACAGACAUAUUCUGUUCGGGGCAGAGGAGAGAGCCACUUUUAGUUGGCAGUGUCAAGAGCAACAUGGGGCAUACUGAGCCAGCAUCUGGACUCUGCAGCGCUGUUAAGGUGAUCAUAGCAAUGGAAAAAGGAAUGAUACCUCCGAAUCUGCACUUCAAAAAUCCAAAUCCUAAUAUAAGAGCCCUCUUCGAUGGUCGAGUCAAAAUAGUGACGGAACCUACUCCUUGGAACGGUGCUUACGCGUCUAUCAAUUCCUAUGGAUUGGGUGGGGUGAACGUGCACGCAGUUCUCAAAUCCAACACAGAUGUUUCGGUAUCGAAGCAGAUGAUACCUCAAUUGGUUCUUUACUCUGGAAGAACGGAAGAAAGCGUGCAAUACAUGUUCCGUCAGGUGCAGAAGGACAUGCCUGGAGAAUUCUUCAAGCUGCUCCACAGCAGCUGUGCUUAUACUUCAUCCAAACCCUUCAGAGGUUACAAACUCAUCGAUCAUCAAGCCCUGUCAGGUAUUAAGAAAGUUCCUCACGAGAAAAGACCCGUUUGGUAUAUAUUCUCUGGGAUGGGUACUCAUUGGUCUGGUAUGGCGAAGAGUCUCUUGAAUUUGAACCCCUUUGCUGAAUCCAUCAAGAAAUGCGCUGAGAUAUUAAAACCUUAUGGGGUAGAUCUUAUGGACUGGGUCACCAAAGAAUUCAGAACCAUCACUUCAGAUUUUGUCUCCAUAGCAACAGUUCAAAUUGCUUUGGUCGAUCUGCUGGCGAGUCUUGGCAUAAAACCAGAUGGCAUCACUGGACACAGUGCAGGGGAACUGACCUGUGCUUAUGCUGACGGAUGCCUUUCUAUGCAAGAGGCGAUCACAGCAGCAUUCAUGAGAGGCCGGACAUUAGAUGACACUCCAAUGGAAGAAGGAGCAAUGGCCGCUUUAGGUGUUAGUUGGUCCGAAGCUGAAAAACUUUGCCCAGAAGGUGUUUUUCCCUCCUGCAAUAAUGCCCAAGAUUCAGUAACUGUAUCUGGUACUAAAAUUGCAGUCCAACAAUUUGUAAAGAAUCUUCAAGCUAAAAACAUUUUUGCUAAAGACGUCGACAGCAGUGGUUGUGCUUUUCAUAGUAAAUAUGUAUACCCUGCUGCUGCGAAAAUUCAACAAGAAUUCCAAAAGCUCAUACCCAAUCCUAAACCAAGGUCCAGUCGAUGGAUUAGUUCUACCUACCCAGAAAGUAAAUGGUCAGAUCCCGAAGCCAAGGUUGCUGGUGCUACUUACUUUCUACAGAACUUAGUUUCUCCUGUUCUGUUCUACGAAGCGUUGCAAAAGGUUCCGAAGAACGCCAUCGUCAUUGAAAUAGGGCCGCACCAUCUUCUUCAGGCCAUUCUGAAAAGAGUCAUCGGACCCGAUGCAGAGUACAUUGGCCUGAUGAAGCGAAACGUGGACAACAUUCCGCAUGUUUUGAUGAACAUUGGAAGAUUGUACAACGCUGGCCUGAAUCCUCAAAUCGACCACCUCUAUCCUGAAGUUAGGUUACCAGCUCCAAGGGGUACUCCAAUGAUAUCUCCUCUCAUCCAAUGGGACCAUUCCGAGAGUUGGCCAGUGCCUCGAUUCGACGAACCUACCCACAGUCAGCGGGUGAUAGUUGAUAUCGGACCAAAGGACUCACCUGAUCAUUUUUUAUCAGGUCAUUACAUUGAUGGAAGGUAUCUGUAUCCCGGAACCGGUUAUCUGGUGUUAGCUUGGAAGGCCUUAGCUCAACUGAAGAACAGAGAAAUGACGUCUUUGCCUGUGCAUUUCGAGGGAGUAAAGAUUCACAAAGCUACUGUCUUAUCAAAAACUGGUAUGAUAUACUUGUUGUAGUUGCAAUUUAUUUAC